AUGACCAAAGGUGGUGGUGGUGGUUCCGGCGACGGCGGUAGCUUCGGCGAUGGUGGUGGCUCCGGCGACGGUGGUGGCUCCGGCGACGGUGGUGGCUCUAGUGUCGGCGGUAGUUCUAGCGACGACGGUGGCUCCGGCGAUGGCGGUGGCUCCGGCGACGGCGGUGGCUCUGGCAACGGCGGUGGUUCCGGCGACGGCGGUAGUGGUGAUGAUAGCGGCAGUGGUGGCCAUUGGUGGUGGUUAGUGGUGAGGACAAAAUUGAAUGCUAAUGUAAGAAGAAGCUAUGGAUGCUUAAAGUCAGUAACACCCCGGUUUCAAGAAUAUAGUGGUGCAUGCGGAGAAGUUUAA